AUGGAUUCUGGUUCACCCUCUACAUACCCUUCCGGGGGAACAUCCCCAGCCCCGGUUGAUACUCCUAAGACUGAGUACAGCGAAUAUAAAUUCUCCAAUGACGUGGCCGUGGUGGGAAUGGCCUGCCGCGUGGCGGGAGGCAACCACAACACCGAGCUUCUCUGGCAAUCGCUCCUCAGUCAGAAAAGUGCAGUGAGUGAGAUCCCAGAGAUACGCUGGGAGCCUUACUAUCGUCGUGACCCGCGCAAUGCAAAAGAGCUCGAGAAGACCACCUCAUAUGGUUAUUUCCUGGAUCACCUGGAGGACUUUGACUGUCAGUUCUUUGGCAUCUCCCCUAAGGAGGCCGAGCAGAUGGAUCCACAACAGCGAGUCUCCCUAGAGGUGGCCUCGGAAGCACUGGAGAAUGCCGGUAUUCCUGCCAAGAGUCUGUCUGGAAGCGACACUGCGGUCUUUUGGGGUGUGAACUCAGAUGACUACUCCAAGCUAGUGAUGGAGGACUUGCCAAAUGUCGAGGCCUGGAUGGGCAUCGGCACCGCGUACUGUGGUGUGCCCAAUCGCAUUUCCUACCACCUCAACCUGAUGGGACCCAGCACCGCCGUGGAUGCGGCAUGUGCGUCGUCCCUCGUCGCCAUCCACCAUGGAGUUCAAGCCAUCCGGCUGGGCGAAUCCCAGGUGGCUAUUGUUGGAGGCGUCAAUGCUCUCUGUGGACCAGGCCUGACCCGGGUCCUCGACAAAGCCGGGGCCAUCUCGUCUGACGGAUCUUGCAAGUCCUUCGAUGAUGACGCCCAUGGGUACGCUAGAGGUGAAGGCGCCGGCGCCCUCAUCCUCAAAAGCCUGCACCGUGCGUUGCUCGACCAUGACAACGUGUUGGCCGUCAUCAAAGGAAGUGCAGUAGCGCAGGAUGGCAAGACGAACGGUAUCAUGGCCCCUAAUGCCAAAGCGCAACAGUUAGCUGCGCACACUGCUCUCAAUGUUGCGGGUGUCGACCCUCGCACCGUUCGCUAUGUGGAAGCCCAUGCCACAUCUACGCCCCUGGGUGACCCAACUGAAAUAUCUGCUAUUGCAGAGAUCUACGGCAUCAACCGCCCCGCCGACGACCCGUGCUACAUCGGGUCCAUCAAGCCAAACAUUGGUCACCUGGAAGCUGGUGCCGGUGUCAUGGGCUUCAUCAAAGCAGUCCUGGCCAUCCAAAAGGGCGUCCUGCCACCCCAGGCCAACUUGACAAAGCUCAAUAGCCGCAUCGACUGGGAAAAUGCCGGCGUGAAGGUCGUCCAGGAGGCUACCCCGUGGCCCUCCUCAGACCCCAUCCGUCGAGCAGGUGUGUGCUCGUAUGGGUACGGAGGUACUGUUUCUCACGCAGUCAUCGAGGAGUUCAGUGAUAUCCUGCGGGCAGACCCGCUGGAUGAGGGCGCAGCCACCGGACCAAGUCUUUUGUUAUUGUCGGGUCCCCAGGAGAAACGGUUAGCUCUGCAGGCUGAAGCUCUGCGCGAGUGGAUGACUGGUGAUGGAAAGGAUCACAAUCUGAGCGAAAUUCUCACGAAUUUGGCUACACGACGAGAUCACCAUGACUACCGAGCAGCGCUUGUGGUUGACGACCGUCUUGAUGCUACCCAGGUCCUGCAAUCACUGGCCAAUGGAGUCGAUCAUCCGCUCACGACCCAGAGCCGAGUAUUUGGCGCAGAUAUCAACAAGGACGUUGUCUGGGUGUUUUCCGGACAUGGCGCGCAGUGGCCAGACAUGGGAAAGCAAUUAAUUCACAACCCUGUAUUCUUCCGAGCCAUCCAGCCACUCGAUGAGCUGAUCCAAGCCGAGAUUGGCCUGUCUCCCAUAGAGCUGCUCCAGACGGGCGACUUUGAAUCGUCUGAUCGAGUCCAGAUCCUGACCUAUCUUAUGCAAAUUGGCCUAAGCGCUAUGCUUCAGAGCAAUGGCACCACUCCACAGGCCGUGAUUGGCCACUCAGUGGGCGAAAUCGCGGCCAGUGUUGUGGCUGGGGCUUUAUCCCCAGAAGAGGGCGCGCUUAUUGUGACCCGCAGAGCGUUGCUAUACCGACAGGUCAUGGGCAAGGGCGGGAUGAUUCUUGUCAACCUUCCUAGCGCCGAGGCCGAAGAGAUCCUGGGUCCCCGGCAGGACCUGGUCGUGGCCAUCGAUUCGUCCCCCUCUUCCUGUGUGGUGGCUGGAGACAAGGAGAUAGUGGCCGAGACAGCAGAAGUCUUCAAGGCUCGGGGUGUGAAGACAUUCACCGUUAAUAGCGACAUUGCCUUCCAUAGUCCAUCACUGAAUGGCCUCAUGGAUCCUCUGCGAGACGCCCUCGGACAGGCUCUGUCCCCAACGAGUCCCACCAUCAAGCUGUAUUCUACCGCGCUGGUGGACCCUCGCGGCCAGGACCUGCGCGAUGUGGAAUACUGGGCCGGCAACAUGGUCAACCGCGUGCGUCUCACCUCGGCGGUCCAGGCGGCUGUUGAAGACGGAUAUCGUCUCUUCCUUGAAGUCUCGACUCACCCAGUGGUGUCUCACUCCAUCAACGAGACGCUUAUGGACGCAGGCAUGGAGGACUUCGUGGUAAUCCCAACUCUCCUUCGUCACAAGCCGACUGAGAAGUAUAUUUUGCACAGCAUUGCCCAGCUUCACUGCCGCGGCGCGGAAGUGAACUUGACGAUGCAGAUGCCUGGACGAUGGGCCAUCGGAAUGCCCACCACGACCUGGAUGCAUAAGCCAAUCUGGCGCAAAAUAGAGACAGCCCCUCUCCAUACUGGCCUCACACAUGAUGUCGAGAAGCACACGCUACUGGGACAGCGCAUCCCGGUACCGGGCACCGACACCGUCGUCUACACUACUCGGCUGGACAACGAAACGAAGCCAUUCCCCGGCAGUCAUCCCUUGCACGGUACAGAGAUCGUUCCGGGAGCAGGUCUGAUUAAUACUUUCUUGAAGGGUACCGGCGGACAGAUGCUCCAGAACGUGGUGCUCCGCGUUCCUGUUGCCAUCAACGCGCCACGAUCGGUUCAGAUCGUGGUGCAGCAGGAUCAGGUCAAGAUUGUUUCCCGGCUGAUUUCAAGUGAUCCCUCGGUGGCGGAUGAUGAAGCGUCUUGGGUCACUCACACCGAUGCAUAUUGGUAUCGAAAGGUUCUGGGUUCCGAAGAUCGGAUCGACCUCGCCGCCGUCAAAGCACGACUGGACACGAAACUACCAGGCAACUUUUCAAUUGACUACUUGGACAAGGUGGGUGUCUCAGCUAUGGGAUUCCCAUGGGCGGUAACAGAGCACUACCGCAAUACCAAGGAAAUGCUGGCACGCGUUGAUGUCAAUCCCGCUGUUUCGGGGGAUGCCCCCUUACCCUGGGAUUCUUCCUCCUGGGCCCCGAUUCUCGACGCUGCCACUUCCGUCGGCUCUACCAUCUUCCAAACAGCUGCGCUGCGGAUGCCGGCCCAGAUCGAGCGCGUGGAGAUCUUCACCUCGGAGGACCCACCCAAGGUCGGCUGGCUCUUCGUCGAGAAGACCUCCGAUGCAGUUCCUACCUCUCACGUUAGCGUGCUGAGCGAGUCGGGUGAAGUCGUUGCUAAGUUUACGGCCAUGCGCUUCUCCGAGAUUGGAGGCACCCCCGGCGUUAGUGGCAGCAUGGAGAGUCUCGUGCAUCAGAUCGCCUGGCCACCGGCCACCCCGGCCGAAGAACCCUUAUCCAUCACGACGGUGAUUCUAGUCUCGCCAGAUGCUACCACCCGGGCCCAGCAUGCCGCGACUCUGCCGACCAAGGUUCAAUCCUUCCAGUUCUCUACCACACAGGAUUUAUUCAGCAACGCUUCAUCCCUCCCACUCCAGAAGGGAACUGUUGUGGCCUACAUCCCCGGUGAGGUGGCCUCACUGGCAGAGGUUCCCGCCGCAUCCGAGUCAUUCACUUGGAACCUGCUCGAGCUGAUCAAAUUCAUCGUUAACGGCUCACUGCCUAUCAAAGUCUUCAGCCUCACUGCGAAUGUGGGCGAUGGCCAAACAGCUACCGCCCUGGCCCAAUCCCCAUUGUUCGGGCUGGCGCGAAUCAUCGCCAGUGAGCAUCCCGAUCUGGGAUCCCUCAUCGACAUUGAAGAGCCCGUUAUACCCUUGUCGGUGAUGCGAUACAUCCAGGGAGCCGAGAUCAUCCGAAUCAGCGAUGGAAUCGCCCGCACCUCCCGGUUCCGCAGCCUACCGCGGAAUAAGCUGCGCCCUGUUAGCGACGGAAUUCUCGGACUUGAGGUCGCUGACUUCCUGGUCGAGAAGGGGGCCAGACGUCUGCUACUCAUCUCGCGGCGUGCCCUUCCACCUCGCCGAACCUGGGACCAGGCCAGCACAGCUCUCCAGCCAACCAUCGCCAAUAUCCGCCUCCUAGAGAGUCGCGGCGCCUCGGUCCAUGUCCUCUCCCUCGACACCACGAAGCCGGAUGCGGUGGAGCAGCUGUCGACGGCCCUAGACCGUCUCGCCCUCCCUGCGGUCCAGGGUGUUGUCCAUGCUGCCGGUGUCCUGGAUAACCAACUGGUGCUGCAAACCACGCGCGAUGCCUUCAACCAGGUUCUCGCGCCCAAGAUUGCGGGCGCGUUGGCCCUUCACGAAGUCUUCCCCCCCAAGAGCGUUGAUUUCUUUAUCAUGUUUUCCUCUUGCGGAAACCUAGUCGGGUUCACCGGCCAAGCCUCUUAUGGCAGCGGCAACGCGUUCUUGGAUACACUAGCCACGCACCGGGCGAGCCUGGGAGACACGGCCGUGUCCUUCCAAUGGACGUCGUGGCGUGGCCUGGGUAUGGGCGCCAGCACGGACUUCAUCAACGCAGAGCUGGCAUCCAAAGGAAUCACAGACGUGACGCGCGAUGAGGCCUUUGCUGCCUGGCAGCAUCUCGCCAAGUAUGAUAUGGACCACGGGGUUGUUUUGCGAAGUCGUGCCUUUGAGGACGGGGAGCCAGUCCCUGUGUCUAUCCUUAAUGAUAUUGCGGUUCGGCACGUGGGCGCGCUGUCCAACACCACGCAGGGGGCUACAAGUUCCAAUGGUAGCGAUGCGGUGCCUGCGUCAGGACCGGAGCUGAAGGCAUAUCUGGAUGAGAAGAUUCGGGGCUGUGUGGCCAAGGUCUUACAGAUGACAGCUGAGGAUGUGGAUUCGAAGGCAGCCUUGGCUGAUAUGGGUGUGGAUUCAGUCAUGACGGUCACUUUGCGUCGCCAGCUGCAGCAGACGCUGAAGAUCGCGGUACCCCCGACGUUGACGUGGAGUCAUCCGACUGUCAGUCAUCUGGUGGUGUGGUUUGCUGAGAAGAUUGGCAAAUGA